GGAUAAUCCCACCUUGUCAUUUUUCCAUCGACAUGGCGAAGAUGACCGCACGAACCGCACCCAAGGUCCGCACGGCUAUUGCGAUGAUGAACAUGGGGGGGCCUUCCACGCUAGAGGAAGUCCCAUUCUUCCUCAAGAACCUCUUCUCCGAUCCGGAGAUCAUUCCACUCGGUCCAUUCCAGGACUUUGUGUCGUCCCUUGUGGUAAAACGUCGAACCCCAAAGAUCCAAGAGCAGUAUGCGGCCAUCGGCGGUGGUUCUCCCAUUGGAAAAUGGACCAACCACCAGGGCGAAGCAAUGUGCAAGAUCUUGGACGAGAUCCGCCCUGAGAGCGCACCUCACAAGCAUUACACGAUGUUUCGGUACGCGAACCCGUUGACCGAAGCGGCAUUGAAGCAAAUGAAGGACGACGGCGCGGAACGUGCAAUUGCAUUCUCACAGUACCCUCAAUGGUCGUGCACGACGACAGGUUCGAGCAUGAACCAUUUAUGGCGCGAACUCAAGCGUUUGGAGAUGGGUGAUUCGUUCGAAUGGUCGCUCAUUGACCGAUGGAACACGCAUCCAGGGUACAUUGCGGCCGUGAGCCGCCGCAUUCAACUUGGGCUUGAAGAGUUCCCGGCUGACGUUCGCGAUAAGGUCGUCAUCAUGUUCUCGGCGCAUUCGGUGCCGAUGAAGGUCGUGUACAAAGGCGACCCGUACACCAAGGAGAUUGCGUCCACGAGCGAGCUUGUCAUGGAGCAUCUCAAUGUGUCCAAUCCGCAUGUGCUCAGCUGGCAAUCGAAAGUCGGAUACUUGCCAUGGAUGGGCCCGAGCACGAGCAGCGUGAUCAAGGGCUUGGCGAGCCAAGGCCACAAGCACGUUCUCGCAGUGCCGAUCGCAUUCACGUCGGACCAUAUUGAGACGUUGUUCGAAAUCGACAUUGAGUACGCCGAAGAAGCGCAUGAACUCGGUAUUGAGCACUUCAAGCGCAGCCCGUCGCUUAACGAAGAACCGUUGCUCGCACAAGCCAUGGCUGACUUGGUCAAGGACCAUUUGGACUCGAACACGCUCCAUUCGACUGCGUACCCCCUCAACUGCGCAGGAUGUGAAAACCCUAUCUGUCGUAGCAUCGUGAACCCGAUCAAACCGUACGUGCGCCUUCGAGACGCAGCGUCUGGACGACCCACGGCCCAAUCCGUCCACGACCUCGAAUAGUUAAACAGCAAAUUUUGUGCACAGUUAGACGAUGCAUCAAGCCAUAGUAAAUGUCAUCCCAUCCUCCUCUCCA